AUGUCGGACUACUACCGCAUUCUCAAUGUCUCCCCCAACGCGACAGCGGAGGAGAUAAAAAAUAGUCACCACCAGCUCGCGCUGAAGUUCCACCCCGACAAAGCGGGUCCGGAAGGGGAGGCGCACUUCAAGGAGAUACAGAAGGCAUACGAGGUGCUCUCGUCGCCAGAGAAGAGGAAGUUGUAUGAUCGCUAUGGUGCCGCGGCUCUUGAGAACCCCGUCGCUGAUACGUUUUUCAUGCAGACUAGCGCUUCCUUGGGGGUGGCCAUCCUCGCCGUGUUUUCGUUUCUGGCAGCUGCACUCUGCAUUAUCUUUAUUGCGUUCCUCACCGCCUACGUGGAUGGCCAUCUGCCAGCGCGUGACGCCAGUACGGUGGACGACCACAGCCGAGCGUAUUGGAACUACGUGAAGGUAUUUGCGCCAAUUUUUGUUGUGGCUAUUGUCUUGGGUGUUGGAAUACUUUUAAUUAUCGUUGUGUCGUUAUGUUCAUGCAACCUUACGGGUAUGCUUUACGCGCUGAAUGUGCUCUGUUAUGUUAUCGCUGUCAUCCUCGUGCCUAUCGUUAAGGAUGCCAACGACGAUACAGCGUUGCGUGGUGGCAGCGACUACUACUCGUGGCGCGUCUGGCUUACGCCACUGUACAUUGGCAGCUCGCUGAGUUUGUUGCUUUUCUUCUUCUUGGCGAUGCCGACGCGGGAAAACCGCGAACGCCUUGCCGCGUACGGCGCGCCCGAUUUGUGGGGCUUUACGAAGGCCUCGUAUGUGCUGGGUCUCCUACGCAUGGUUUGCCUGGUGUCGUUCAGCGCCCUCAUCGCGUGCCGCGCUGAUGACGUGAUUACGACGAACUAUUUCGUGGUUGUGGGCCUUCCGUUCUUUGUCUUCGGCGUGCUGAUGCUCAUCAAAAAGGUGUACCUUAAUGUUGUGGUGUUGUCUGCACGGGGGGUGCCGGUGACGUUCUGCACCAUCCUUUUAUCAUCGUGGCGAGAUCUGCUGCUCCUGGUCCUCGCGUUCGCGUCCAUCUCGAUGGUGUCGAAAAGGCUGAACGACAUAAGCCGCGCAGAUGGCGGCAGCGUCCUGCGGCUGGCCAUCGCGCUCAUUCCGGUGUACAUCCUGCUGGGCGUUUUGUUCCUGGCGGCGCUGGUGUUCGUGUGCGUGGCAAUCAUGGACACGUCUGGCCUCUCCAUUUUCCCGGAAGCGGAGGCGGGGGAGAACGACACAGAGGAGGAAGCGGAUGGGAGGGCCGGCGAGCCGCACGACGUCGCGGAGAAUAAUAAAGAUGAGAGAGACAAUGAGCAUCACGAAGCCACGAAGUCGUCCGAAGAUAAACACGAAGGCAACUUCGCGCCGAACGACGACGGUGGUAGAAGCAAUCGGGUGGACCAACAUGCCGGGAACGGGAACGGGGAGCAAGCGGCAUGGAGUACCAAGGAAGAAGGGGCUCAAAUGGCCCAGUGCCCUCCGCAGCGGAGGCUGUCAGAUGUGGACUAG